UCCAUAGCUCAUUUUAGUUUAUGCCUGGCAAAGCGAACGGGCGGCGUUUAAAGUGAACGUGGACCGCAAGGUUCUGGUUUAGUUUAAAUGUAUUUCUGUCUUUGAACAAAAUAUUCCAACGAGCAGUUAACAACGUACUGUAAGCUUUCUGAAACUCACGAUGAAGUAUUUUCUUUUGUUGGGAUGCGGCGUCCUGUUCCUCGCAGGAUGUUCGCGGGCACAGGAGGGCGUCGGUGUGGGCUCGGUGGAGGAGGUGACGGUGGACGCAGACCUGGGCGCGUCGCGUGAGGCUUCCCGCACUGAUGCGGAAGCUGUGCUGCGAGAGGAGGAGGCCAUUUCUCCGGACGGACUAAGUGUGGCGCAGAUGCGAGAGAUGAAAGAGCACGCGCAGAACUACACCUUCCAGACAGAAGUGAACCGCAUGAUGAAACUCAUCAUCAACUCCCUGUACAGGAACAAAGAGAUAUUCCUGCGGGAGCUCAUCUCCAACGGGUCGGACGCGCUCGACAAGAUCCGGCUGCUGUCGCUGACGGACCGCGACGUGCUGGACGCCAACUCCGACCUCAGCAUCCGCAUCAAGGCCGAGCCCGAGAAGCGCCUGCUGCACAUCAUCGACUCCGGCAUCGGCAUGUCGCGCCACGAGCUCAUCAACAACCUCGGCACCAUCGCCAAGUCCGGCACUGCCGAGUUCCUCUCCAAGAUGCAGGACGCGGAGAAGAGCGGCGCUCAGGAGAUGAACGACAUGAUCGGCCAGUUCGGCGUGGGCUUCUACUCUGCAUUCCUGGUGGCCGACAAGGUGACCGUGGUGUCCAAGAACAACGCCGACAAGCAGCACGUGUGGGAGUCGGACGCCAGCUCGUUCAGCGUGGCCGAGGACCCGCGCGGCGACACCCUCAAGCGCGGCACGCACAUCACGCUGCACGUGAAGGAGGAGGCGGCCGACUACCUGCAGCCCGACACCAUCCGCAACCUCGUCAAGAAGUACUCGCAGUUCAUCAACUUCCCCAUCUACCUGUGGGCGUCGCGCACCGAGACCGUGGAGGAGACCGACGCCGACGACAAGCCCGACGCCGAUGACGAUGCGCAGGUCGAGGAUGCUGCAGAAGACAAACCCGAAACCAAGAAGACCGAGAAGACCGUGUGGGACUGGGAGCUGAUGAACGACAACAAGCCAAUCUGGACGCGCAAGCCCAGCGAGGUCAACGACGACGAGUACACUUCGUUCUACAAGAGCCUCACCAAGGACUCGUCGCCGCAGCUGGCCAAGGCGCACUUCGUGGCGGAGGGCGAGGUGACGUUCCGCGCGCUGCUGUUCGUGCCGCGCGUGCAGCCCGCCGACUCCUUCAACCGCUACGGCACCAAGACCGACCACAUCAAGCUCUACGUGCGCCGCGUCUUCAUCACCGACGAGUUCAACGACCUCAUGCCCAACUACCUCGCCUUCAUCCAGGGCAUCGUGGACAGCGACGACCUGCCGCUCAACGUGUCGCGCGAGACGCUGCAGCAGCACAAGCUCAUCAAGAUCAUCAAGAAGAAGCUCGUGCGGAAGGUGCUCGACAUGCUCAAGAAGAUCCCUGACGACGAGUACGACGCCUUCUGGAAGGAGUACUCCACCAACGUGAAGCUGGGCGUGAUCGAGGACCCCAGCAACCGCUCGCGCCUCGCCAAGCUGCUGCGCUUCCACUCCUCGCGCGGCGACGGCAUGACGUUCCUGGCCGACUACGUGGCCCGCAUGAAGCCCGGCCAGAACCACAUCUACUACAUCGCCGGCUCCAGCCGCGCUGAGGUGGAGAAGUCUCCGUUCGCGGAGAGGCUGGUGAAGCGCGGCUACGAGGUGCUCUACCUCACCGAGGCCGUGGACGAGUACUGCCUGUCCUCGCUGCCCGAGUACGACGGCAAGAAGUUCCAGAACAUCGCUAAGGAGAUCUUCGACCUGGAAGAGAACGAGGCGCAGAAGGAGCGGCUGGAGGCGUACAAGGCGCAGUUCGAGCCGCUGACCAGCUGGCUGGGCAACGCGCUGGGCACGUGGGUGACGCGCUGCGUGGUGUCGCGGCGCCUGCAGCGCUCGCCCGCCGCGCUGGCCGCCACGGCCUUCGGCUGGACCGGCAACAUGGAGCGGCUCGCGCUCUCCAACGCACAUCAGAAGGCGGACGACGCGCAGCGCAAGCACCACCUGACGCAGAAGAAGAUGCUGGAGAUCAACCCGCGCCACCCGCUCAUCGUGGAGCUGCUGCGCCGCGUGCAGGACGCGCCCGACGAGCCCGACACGCUCCGCGCCGCGCACACGCUGUACCGCACCGCCGCCAUCCGCUCCGGCUACCUGCUGCAGGAGGGGCAGGCCGGCGACUUCGCCGACGACGUGGAGGCCAUGCUGGCGCGCGCGCUGGGCCUGCCGCCCGACGCCGCGCCCGAGGACGACGACGAGCCCGACGUGCCCGACGCAGAGGCCGACGCCGACGACGUGCCGGCCGACGACCACGACGAGCUGUGAGCCUGUCGCUGUGUCGACGUGUGUGACGAUGAUGUAACUUUUUAUACUUGGUAUGCUUCGUGUGAGAAUGUGAAUUUAAACUUAAAUGUAAUGUAAAUAAAUUAUAUUUAUUA